UCCACGCGAUUCAAAAAUCAAACACACCCCUCAGGUUGAGCAACAGCAAGUCAGCUUUGACUAUUAUUAAGUAAUGUAGCAACUACCGGCAACCUGUAAAUAUAUUAAAAUGGGUUAAAGAAAACAUUUAAUUAGAAACCGUCGUUUUGACCCCAAUAUAAACUAUGACGGUGGCUUGUAUGUGUUUUUAAUUUUUGCCAUGUCUGCCAGAAAGCGUAAACGAUAUUCCAAGGAUAUAAAGUGUAUCUUCUUCCCGGAUGAUGUGGAGAAUGGUCUCCGAAAAGCAGCACGGGAAUCGUCGUCGCUUUCAUGUGUGUCCUCUGCAAAGAGCUGGGAGAAGUGUGGAGACAGCUUUCUUGAGUCUCCAGGGAUUAAGAACCUCAAGUCGUCAGGAAGAAAACUGCAUGUCUUUAGAAAGUUGACACAGUCCACUACAGCAGUGCAGACCAGUGCUGAUCACUGUAAUGAGGAUGCAGUGAACAUCGCGUGGAGCUCCAGUGAUUGUGAGCAGUCGGAUGUUGAGACCCAUGAGCGACGCGUUACGAGACAAGCGAGACCCACAGCUCUCAGUCAGUCUUACACUAGAGCACUGCACAAACUGAGAACUGAGAAAGAUGACCUCCCUGUUAUUGACACAGAGAGUGAUCUGAAUGAGUCCGAGGAAGAUGUUGAGAAGGACAGUGGGCAACAAAUCUCUGACUGUGAGUCAGAGCCCUUUGAUGAAAAAAACCCUGAAGAUAUACCGCUAAAUAAACCUGAAAAUAUCAAAGAACUAGAGAUCUCAGGCUACAUGUCCGGUGGCGAGGCUGCCAGCGGCACUGUGGGCUCCAGCAGACUGGACUCUGAGAGCUUUCUCCUCCAAACUGGUGAGAGCAGCAAAAGGUCAGUCAGUGACUGGGUCAGAACUGCUCAGGCGAUGCUGCAGACGCCUCCGAAACAGCUCAACAGGCAGUCCAAGACUCCUGAAGACUCCGCCAAAAAGAAAAGGAAAUUUAAAAGUGGGGGUCUUGCUGAGAGGCUGAGUCGACUCCAGUGCAGACAGAGGUCAGCCGUAAGUUUCUGGAGGCACCAGUCCAUCUCUGACACCUCAACAGCAACAGUGGACAGGCCUGGCAAACUGGUGCUUGAGGUGCUGAAGGUUCAGGAGGAGUGUAGCAUGCGACUGGCCCUCUGUGAGCACCAGCAGCCCCCCGGAGAGGGCCACCAGCGUAGUGACCCGGUCCCUGAGGAGAGGGCUUGUAUGCUGGUGCUGUUCAACAGAGAGACCGCAGCCCAGCUGAAUCCUUCACCCAGAGAUAUCAUCCACAUAUACCCACCAUGGCAAAGUCUCUCUAUAGACGGAUUCAGCUGUGAUAUUAUUCUAAACACACACUUCAGCCAGAAAGUCUUCUCUGCAUCCAAACCAGGAAACAUGUCCUCUCCAGGAGGCCUGCUCUCAGCCCGAAGGUGCAGUCCGUAUCCUCUGUGUAAAACCUUUGGACUCCUGGAGAUGGGCAGGACCUCAGAGGAGAACAAUGCUAAGCAGGUUUCUACCUCUGAUGCUCUGUGUGGCUUUGGGGGCUCGGGAGUUUUGACGAGACACUGCCUUUCUCUCCUGGAAGCAAUUGAGGGGCUGGGUCAGGCCGGCUCUGUGGGGCAGGACGUGGAGGUGGUGGUCCAGAGAAUUUAUUCUACCCCCGUGCCAGACUCCUCCAUCCUGAAGCCCAGAGUUCCCUUCAGGUCGUCCUCAGCUGCUCCCUCUUCAGAAAAAGGCAAAACAAGGCUCUGUGUGCUUGUCCAAGACAGCUUCGGGAUGUUUAGCGAGAUCCAGCUCCACCUCCUGCCUUGCAAGGAAGACCUCCACCAGUACAUCCACAUGUGGCAGGGGAGGACCUGUGUGCUGAAAGGCAUUAAAGUGGUGCAGCGGGUCACUCGAGAAAGGCGCUCAAGGCUUUUCAGCUUGAUAGACAGCAUGUGGUCCCCAGUGAUGCCCCUUAAAGAUCACGGAAACACCCCCAGUACGUCCACUGAACGUAAGCCUGCAGGUUCAGCUCCCAGUUUCUGCUACCUGCUGUCUGGAGAGGAGAGCUCAGUUGAACCCUCUGAAGAGCAGAAUGUGUCCCCGCUUUACCUUCCCAGCACAUUUCAAACACUGCAAGACAUACUGCAGAGCAAGAAUAAAACCUGUCGCUGCAGCUUUGUUGCAACUGUCAUAUACAAGAGAAUAAAGGAGAGCUGUGAUGUAGGCCACGGUGAGGUUUGGUUGGUGCUGACAGACCCCAGUCUUCAGGAGGAGCAGCCUGAGAGGCCGUGCAGGCGAACAGUGGCCCUGUGUGUGAGCGCUUCUUGUGUGCUCACUUCCUCUGUCGUCAAAGCCCUUAGUUCCCCCGGCGCCUGUCGCAUGUCAUUUAGAGAUGCCAUCAAAGAACAUGGUGUUCUCCUGUGUGUGGAGCAGUCGGUGGUCAAGAUCUACUCUGAGGAUCCUGAUUGCAACCUUGAGUCGUCCUCAGCCGGGCCAGAGUCACUUUCACAGUUGCUGACAGCGCCCCAGGCAAAGACCCUGCCCAAACCUGUGAGACUGGAUCCUCUAAGUCCUGAGAUCACACCCAACUCUCUUUGCGCUCUCACAGGGGUGAUCGUUGGUGUGGACGAGAGCACUGCUUACUCCUGGCCAGCCUGCAACCACUGUGGGAGUGACAACCUGGAGACGUACUCUGAAACAAAUCAAAACUUCCGCUGUGUUUCCUGCAAGACAGUUGUAGAAACGCCUGACAUGAAGAUUCAACUGGAAGUGUCUCUGCGCACUUCAUUAAGUAACUGCACUUUAAAGGUUAAGCUGCAGCAAAAGACAAUCAUGUCCAUCUUAAACACCACAGCACUGGAGGGUAAUGAGUUCCUAGGUUACGAUGUGGAGAAUGUCCUGGGAAAAGAGGUGGGCCCCAUCCCUGCUUAUGUCCGAGUGGUCACCAGGAAACCCGCCAUCUGGAUCGGCUUGGAAGAAAUCUGCCUCUGAGGAGACCGUCAGGACAAGUAACUAAUGGAUAUCAAUCCUCAGGCUUCAGCUGGCUCUACAGAUCUGCACACUAGGCUUUGGUCUGAGCCUGUGCAGCCUCUUCUACCCUCAGCCCCCCUCUGAAGGCCUCCCUGACAGCUUGAGGCUGUGCUGGAAUGAACUGAACUGCAAGAAGACAAGGUCUUGUUUGUGUUAAUGAUAUGUGAUCCUGUGGAGCGGGAGUUGACAGCCCAAGGGUAGACCAGUCGCAUGCAGUCUGUCAAAGCAGCCCACGUGGUUCAUCAGUGCGUUGUGACUCUUUGAACAGGACUUCUGGCUGUGAACCCAUUUUCUAAGUGGCUUUCCACACCGUUUGUUCCAACUAAUCUACCUCUGUGUAUAAGAUCUCUGACACUGUCAAUAAAAGUUGUAUUAUUGCUGA